AUGGCAAACACAAGCCCUCAUGCCUCAGAGAAGAUCGAACUCUCUACUCCGACAAAAAUCCCACAUUGGCGCAUGAUAUUUGACCAGGGUGUUGUCACACAACAAAUCCUCGAUUACCCAUACCCCGGCUCAGGAACGGAUGAGGACCCAUUUGUGGUGACUUGGAUUGCGGAUGACCCCCGAAACCCCAUGAACUUCAGUGGUGUAAAGAAAUGGACCUUGACCAUGGUGGUAGCAACUGCAACUUUGGCGGUUUCCUUGGUUUCCUCCGCCUACACCGGUGGUAUUCAGGAAAUCAUGGCCGACUUCGACAUCGGGCAGGAACUUGCUACCCUCGGGGUUUCACUGUUUGUUAUGGGUUUCGCGAUUGGGCCCUUGCUUUGGGCCCCACUGAGUGAGCUCUUUGGUCGUCAGAUCCUGUUCAUCAUCACCUACGCCGGUCUCACAGCUUUCAAUGCCGGUGUCGCGGGCUCCAAGAAUGUCUGGACUCUGAUCAUUCUCCGAUUCUUCGCUGGCUCGUUCGGAUCCUCGCCUCUGACCAAUGCCGGUGGCGUCAUCGCCGAUAUGUUCCCCGCCAAGAAGCGCGGUGUUGCCAUGAGUCUGUUUGCCGGUGCCCCCUUUCUCGGCCCUGUGAUCGGUCCCAUUGCCGGUGGUUUCAUCGGUAUGAGCAAUGGCGGCUGGCAGUGGGUGAUGGGAUUUCUUGCGGCGCUCUCUGGCGCUGUCUGGGUGAUUGGCUCGCUGGUCAUUCCCGAGACUUAUGCACCCGUGCUUCUCCGCCGUCGUGCAGAGAAGCUGUCCAGGCUAACAGGUAAGAUUUAUCGCAGCAAGACCGAAAUUUACCAGGGCAAGGUUUCUCUUAAGAGCUCAUUCAAGGUCUCACUCUCCCGUCCUUGGAUCCUGUUGUUCUGCGAGCCUAUUGUGUUCAUGUUGUCUUUCUACAUGGCUGUCGUUUACGGUACCCUGUACAUGAUGUUUGCCGCUUUUCCCAUCGUCUACCAGGAGCAUCGUGGCUGGAGUCAGGGCUUCGGUGGUCUGGCCUUCCUCGGUAUUAUGGUCGGUAUGCUAGCAGCCGUAGCAUACUCGCUCUGGGACAACACACGCUACAUCAAGACCUCUGAAGCCCACAAUGGCUUCGCGCCGCCCGAAGCCCGUCUUCCACCCUGCCUCCUUGCAUCUGCCACCAUCCCGAUCGGCCUGUUCUGGUUUGCCUGGACAAACUCUACCUCCAUCCACUUCAUGGUCAGUAUCGCAGCCGGUGUCCCAUUCGGUUUCGGAAUGGUCCUGGUCUUCCUCGGCAUCAUGAACUAUCUCAUUGACGCCUACACCAUCUUCGCCGCCUCCGUCUUGGCCGCCAACUCCGUUAUCCGCUCCCUAUUUGGUGCCGCCUUCCCCUUAUUUACCACUUAUAUGUACGAAAGCCUCGGCAUCCACUGGGCAUCCAGCAUUCCCGCUUUCCUGGCUCUUUUCUGCGUGCCAUUCCCCUUCCUCUUCUACAAAUUCGGUCCGGCCAUUCGUACGCGCUGCAGGUUCGCUGCGCAGUCUGAUGCCUUCAUGCGUAAGAUACAAGAACAAUCAAUUGCAGAGCCCGUUGAGGACGCGAAAGUCAACUACAAUUGCAUUGAGGCUCCUGGUGCCGAGAGCUCGCUGUCUAGUGAGUUUGAAGACAAGGUCAAUGCGAUUCCACCUCAGAGAAUCCGUAGCCACGCUCCGUCGGCUACGUCGACUCACACAGUUUGCUCGCUGUAUCGCUCUGUGACCUAUGAGGGAAAUCCUUAUAAUAUUGACCGCGUCAACACAUGCGAAUCCUUCAAACAUUAA